GCGCGCGGGCGGGAUGCGGACUCCCUUUCUGUAUUCGGCUUGCUCGCUGGGGGCCUCCCCUGGGCGGGGUCUUGCCUGGACCGCGGGGAAAGCGGCGGCGGCGGCAGUAGCAGUAGCAGCAGCGGGGACCAGACUGUCUGCCACCCUGAGCCAAGGAGGGAGGGGCAGCUGAGGCCGUGGCUGGAACCUCCCACCCUCCAGUUACCCCAAGUCUCCCUUCCCCCAGCCGCCUAAUCCGUCCGGGCCUUCUUUCACCGUGACCGAUUCGGUGACGGCUCGUCAUGGAAGACAGGUUAGCGCGAGUGACCAUCCUCCACGGCUGCGUGGGCUGUAAGACGUACGAGGUGCCGCCCCCCACUACGGUCCGUGAAGUCAAGGAGCUGGUCUACCGUGACACCGACUUUCCGGCAUCCGAGCAACAGUUGUGGCACUGCGGUCGGGAGUUAUCUGACUGGAUCAAGAUUGGAGACCUUCUAACUUAUAAAAAUUGUGAUCUCUUUCUAAACCUUCAAUCAAAAGGCUUAAAAGGAGGAGGUCGAUUUGGUCAAACAACUCCACCUCUUGUUGAUUUUCUUAAGGACAUUUUAAGAAGGUAUCCAGAAGGAGGACAGAUUCUUAAGGAAUUAAUUCAGAAUGCAGAAGAUGCUGGGGCCACAGAAGUUAAAUUUUUAUAUGAUGAAACUCAAUAUGGAAAGGAGUCUCUCUGGUCAAAAGAUAUGGAGCAAUAUCAGGGGUCUGCACUUUAUGUGUACAAUAAUGCAGUUUUUACUCCUGAGGAUUGGCAUGGCAUUCAGGAAAUAGCAAGGAGCAGGAAAAAGGAUGAUCCCCUAAAAGUUGGAAGAUUUGGGAUUGGGUUUAAUUCAGUUUAUCAUAUAACAGAUGUUCCUUGUAUCUUUAGUGGUGACCAGAUUGGAAUGUUAGACCCUCAUCAAACACUUUUUGGUCCCCAUGAAUCGGGACAGUGUUGGAAUCUAAAAGAUGACAGUAAAGAAAUUAGUGAAUUUUCAGACCAGUUUGCACCAUUUGUUGGUGUUUUUGGAAGCACCAAGGAAACUUUCUUAAAUGGCCACUUUCCUGGAACUUUUUUCCGUUUCCCUCUUCGCUUACAGCCUUCACAGCUGAGUAGUAAUCUGUACAACAAGCAAAAGGUUCUUGAGUUGUUCGACUCCUUCAGGGCAGAUGCAGAUACAGUGCUUCUCUUUCUGAAAAGUGUACAGGAUGUCUCCUUACAUGUUCGAGAAGCUGAUGGAACAGAGAAACUGGUAUUUAGGGUAACAGCUAGUGAGAAUAAAGCACUGAAACAUGAGCGACCCAAUUCCAUCAAAAUAUUAGGAACGGCUAUAAGUAAUUACUGUAAAAAGGUUCCAAGCAAUAGCAUUACAUGUGUAACAUAUCAUAUAAAUAUAGUUUUAGAAGAUGAGAGUACUAAAGAUGCACAAAAAUCAUCUUGGUUGGUGUGUAACAGCGUAGGUGGUCGAGGAAUUUGCAAUGAACUUGAUUGUUUGGCCGAUGACUUGAAAUUUGUCCCAACCAUUGGCAUAGCUAUGUCUUUAUCGAGCAGUGAAGAAGAAACAGGAGCAAUAUCUGAUUUCUCAGGAAAAGCAUUUUGUUUUCUUCCUUUACCACCUGGUGAGGAAAGUAAAACAGGUCUCCCAGUUCACAUUAGUGGGUUCUUUGGUCUCACUGACAACCGUAGAAGUAUAAAAUGGAGAGAGCUGGAUCAGUGGCGAGAUCCAGCAGCUUUAUGGAAUGAACUUCUUAUUAUGAAUGUUGUCCCAAAAGCAUAUACCACUCUCGUCUUGGAUUCUGUAAAACGGCUGGAGACUGAAAAAAAUUCAGAUUUUCCCUUGUCUGUUGAUAUUAUCUAUAAGCUUUGGCCUGAAAUGAACAAAGUUAAAGUACACUGGCAACCAAUUAUAGAACCUCUCUUUAAAGAGCUCUUUCAGAAUGCAGUUAUUUAUUCAAUCGGUAAUCACUGGAUAAAGUUGGAGCAGGCAUAUUUCUCAGAACUAGAUGAAAGCUUGGAAUACACAAAAGCUGUGCUCAACUACCUCCAGAGCUCAGGGAAACAGAUUGUCAAGGUACCAGAAAAUAUUUCUAAUGCAGUUCAGCUUACAGCUUCUAGUGCUAAACCUGUGAAGAAAGUGACUCCUGCUUUAGUACGGCAGCUGUUGAAGAAACAUGGACACUCAGGCACUGCUGCUGAAAAGUUGCAUCUUUUAGAAUUUGUGCUCUCAGAUGCAGCUUAUCAUGAACUGCUUGGGUUGGACCUUCUCCCUUUACAGAAUGGAAAUUUUAUUCCCUUUUCUUCAUCUGUAUCAGAUCAAGAUGUAAUUUAUAUUACCUCAGAAGAUUAUCCAAGGUCCCUUUUCCCAGGUCUUGAAGGAAGAAUUAUUUUAGAUGACUUGAAACCCCCAAUUCUAGCUUCCUUAAAGGAAGCUUCUCAGACUCGAGGAAGACCCUGCACUCAACUGCAGCUUCUGAACCCGGAACGAUUUGCACGUCUUAAAGAAGUAAUGAAUGCAUUUUGGCUGGCAGAGAACUGGUAGUUUCAGUGGCAUCCAUUUGCUGAAGACAGUGAUCAUCCAUCUCUUUCAUGGCUGAAGAUGGUCUGGAAGAAUCUCUAUAUACAUUUUUCAGAGGAUUUGUCUCUCUUUGAUGAAAUGCCACUUAUCCCUAAGACUACAUUGGAGAAAAGUCAGACAUUUGUGGAACUCAUUAGACUCAGGAUCCCAUCACCAGUUAUUUUAGAUGAUGAAUCUGAAGCACAGCUUCCAGAAUUUUUAGCAGACAUUGUACAAAAGCUUGGCGGCAUUGUCCUUAAAAAACUAGAUCCUUCUAUGCAACAUCCUCUUAUUAAAAAAUAUGUACAUUCCACAUUACCAAGUGCUGUUUUGCAGAUAAUGGAGAAGAUGUCAUUGCAGAAACUGUGUAAUCAAGUAGCUUCAUUGCUUCCAACACAUAAAGAUGCUCUGAGGAAAGUCUUAGCUAGUUUUACUGAUAUAAAUGAAAAGGAAAAAAGAAUCAUUCAGGAAUUGACAAUAUUUAAAAGAAUUAAUCAUUCAUCUAGUCAAGGGAUUUCCUCUUACAAACUGAAAGGUUGUAAAGUGUUACAUCAUACUGCUAAACUUCCACCAGAUCUGAGACUUUCCAUUCCAGUAAUUGAUAACAGUGAUGAAGCUACCAUACGUUUGGCAAAUAUGUUGAAAGUAGAGCAGCUAAAAAGCACUGGUUGCUUAAAGUUUAUUUUAAAAAGAUAUUGAAAAUGGUUUUAUUCUCAUGAAGAAACAACACAGCUUAUGAUAUGGAUUCUUGAAAAUCUGUCCUCUCUGAAAAAUGAGAAUCCACAUGUAAUUGAUUGGGUAAAUGCCAUUAAAAUUUAUAUCAGAUUUCACAGGGACACGUUUCAGCCAAGUGAACUCUUUGAUUCUGAUAUUGCUAUAACUACAGGAUUUGUUUCCAUGCUAGAAGAAGAAAUCUCCUUUCCACCUAGCAUUUUUACCUCUUCAGACAUUCUUCAUUCUUUGAGACAGAUUGGAUUAAAAAAUGAAACCAAUCUCAAAGAAAAAGAUAUCAUACAAGUGGCAAAAAAAAUUGAAGAAUUACAAGUUAGUUCUAGUCCAAAUCUGGAUACCUUUUAAAGAAAGCUAAAUACUCUCUUAAUGAUUUUGAACAAAAAUCAUACUCUGUUACAGUCAUCUGAAGCAAAAGCAACACUGAAGAAGAUAAAGUGGGUUCCAACAUGUAAAGAAAGGCCUCCAAAUUAUCCAGGAUCUUUAAUCUGGAAAGGAGACCUUUGUAAUCUUUGUUCACCACCAGAAAUGUGUGACAUAUCUCAUGCUACCUUAGUUGGUUCAUCAGUUCCUCUUGUUGAAAGUAUCAUGCAAAUUUGGAAAAAAACUCUUGGCAUAUUCACAAAACCUAGCAUAAUGCAGUCUUAAAAACACUUUAAGAUUGUUGUUGAUUAUAGUUCAAAAACCUUUAGUGAUGAAGACUAUUACCAGUUCAACAUAUUUUGCUUGAAAUUAUGGAUUCAUGCAUGAUCAUUAGAUGAAGGCAAAGAAUCUUUUAAAGCUCUGAAGUUUCCAUGGGUUUGGACAGGUAAAAAAUUCUGUCCCCUGGCUCAGGCAGUAAUAAAACCAAUACAUGACCUUGAACUUCAACCUUAUUUGUAUAGUGUACCUAAAACACUAAUGGCAAAAUUCCACCAGCUUUUUAAGGCCUGUGGUUCAAUAGAAGAACUGACAUCAGACCAUAUUUCCAUGGUUAUUCAGAAGGUAUAUCUUAAAAGUGAUCAAGAACUUAGUGAAGAAGAAAGCAAACAAAAUCUUCAUCUUAUGCUGAAUAUUAUUCGAUGAGUGUAUAGCAAUCAGAUUCCAGCAAGCCUCAAUACACCAGUUCCAAUUCACUAUAGCAAGAAUCCUUCAAAACUUAUGAUGAAACCAAUUCAUGAAUGCUGUUACUGUGAUAUUAAAGUUGAUGACCUUAAUGACUUACUGGAAGAAUCUGUGGAACCAAUCAAUUUGGUUCAUGAAGACAUUCCAAUGAAAACUGCAGAAUGGUUAAAAGUUCCAUGCCUUAGUACAAGGUUGAUCAAUCCUGAAAAUAUGGGUGUUGAACAGUCAGGACAGAGAGAACCACUUACUGUAAGAAUUAAAAACAUUUUAGAAGAAUAUCCUUCAGUUUCAGAUAUUUUUAAGGAGUUACUUCAAAAUGCUGAUGAUGCAAAUGCAACAGAAUGCAAUUUCAUGAUUGAUAUGAGAAGAAACAUGGAUAGAGAGAAUCUUCUAGACCCAGGGAGAGCCUGCCAUGGACCUGCUCUGUGGUCAUAUAACAAUUCUGAAUUCUCUGAUUCAGACUUUAUAAACAUAACUAGAUUAGGAGAAUCUUUAAAAAGAGGAGAGGUUGAUAAAGUUGGAAAAUUUGGUCUUGGCUUUAAUUCAGUACAUAUCACUGACAUUCCUAUCAUUAUGAGUCGAGAGUUCAUGAUAAUGUUCGAUCCAAAUAUAAACCACCUAAGUAAACAUAUUAAAGAUAAAUCUAACCCUGGCAUCAAAAUUAAUUGGAGUAAGCAACAAAAAAGACUUAGGAAAUUUCCUAAUCAGUUCAAGCCAUUUAUAGAUGUAUUUGGCUGUCAAUUACCACUAACUGUAGAAGCACCUUACAGUUACAAAGGAACUCUUUUCCGACUUUCAUUUAGAACACAACAUGAAGCUAAAUUGAGUGAAGUCAGUAGUACUUGCUAUAAUACAGCAGACAUUUACUCCCUUGUGGAUGAAUUUAGCCUCUGUGGACAUAGGCUUAUCCUCUUCACUCAGAAUGUCAAUACCAUGUUUUUGAAGUACUUGAAAAUUGAAGAAACCAAUCCUGGUUUAGCACAAGAUAUAAUUGUCAUUAAAAAAACCAUUUGUUCCUCCAAAGCAUUAAAUGUACCUAUUGUAAGUGUUUUAAAAGAAGCUGCUAAGCUCAUGAAGACUUGCAGUAGCAGUAACAAAAAACCUCCCAUGGAUAUACCAAAGUCAUCUUGCAUAUUACAAAUCACAGUUGAAGAAUUUCGCCAUGUGUUCAGAAGAAUUGCUGAUUUGCAGUCACCACUUUUUAGGGGUCCAGAUGAUGAUCCAGCUGCAUUAUUUGAAAUGGCAAAAUCAGGACAGGCUAAAAGGCCAUCUGAAGAGCUACCACAGAAAACAGUGGAUUCUACUACGUGGCUAAUAUGUACCUGCAUGGAUACUGGAGAGGCUUUAAAAUUUUCCCUAAAUGAAAGUGGAAGAAGGCUUGGGCUUGUCCCCUGUGGUGCAGUAGGAGUCUUAUUUUCUGAAGCUCAAGACCAAAAAUGGACUGUGAAACAACAUGUUGGUGAAGUUUUCUGCUAUUUACCUCUGAGAAUAAAAACAGGGUUGCCAGUUCACAUCAAUGGUUGUUUUGCUGUUACUUCAAAUAGGAAAGAAAUAUGGAAGACAGAUACAAAAGGAAGAUGGAACAAUAUAUUCAUGAGACAUGUUAUUGUUAAAGCCUACCUAGAAGCACUUAGUGUUUUACGAGAAUUAGCCAUAAAUGGAGAACUAAUUGAUUAUACUUAUUAUGCAGUGUGGCCUGAUCCUGAUUUAGUUCAUGAUGAUUUUUCUGUGAUAUGCCAAGGUUUUUAUGAAGAUAUAGCUCAUGGGAAAGGUAAAGAAGUGUCUAGAGUCUUCUCUGAUGGAUCUAUGUGGGUUUCUAUGAAGAAUGUGAGAUUUUUAGAUGAUUGUAUACUUAAAAGAUCAGACAUUGGUCCUGCUGCUUUCAAGAUAUUUUUAAAAUACCUUAAGAAAACUGGAUCAAAGAAUCUCUGUGCUGUUGAACUUCCUUCUUCAGUAAAAUUGGGAUUUGAAGAAGCAGGUUGCAAACAGAUACUACUAGAGAACACAUUUUCUGAGAGACAAUUUUUUUCAGAAGUAUUUUUCCCCAAUAUACAAGAAAUUGAAGCAGAACUUCGGGAUCCUUUAAUGUAUUUUGUUUUAAAUGAAAAGGUUGAGGAAUUCUCUGGGAUUCUUCGUGUAACUCCAUGUGUUCCUUGCUCUUUAGAGGGCCAUCCUUUAGUUUUGCCUUCAAGGUUGAUCCAUCCUGAAGGACGAGUUGCAAAAUUAUUUGAAACUAAAGAUGGACGAUUUCCUUAUGGGUCCACCCAGGAUUAUCUUAAUCCCAUUAUCUUGAUUAAACUUGUUCAAUUAGGAAUGGCAAAGGAUGAUAUAUUAUGGGAUGACAUGCUAGAACGUGCAGAGUCAGUAGCUGAAAUUAAUAAAAGGGACCAUGCUGCUGCUUGCCUGAGAAGUAGCAUCUUAUUGAAUCUUAUUGAUGAAAAACUAAAAAUCAGGGAUCCUAGAGCAAAAGAAUUUUCUGCAAAAUAUCAAACAAUCCCUUUCCUCCCAUUUCUAACAAAACCGGCAGGUUUCUCUCUGGAGUGGAAAGGUAACAGUUUUAAACCUGAAACUAUGUUUGCAGCAACUGAUCUUUAUACCGCUGACUACCAAGAUAUAGUUUGUCUUUUACAACCAAUUCUUAAUGAAAAUUCUCAUUCUUUUAAAGGUUGUGGUUCAAUGUCAUUGGCUGUUAAAGAGUUUUUGGGGUUACUUAAGAAGCCAACAGUUGAUUUAGUUAUUAACCAAUUAAAAGAGGUUGCAAAAUCACUUGAUGGAAUUACAUUGUAUCAGGAAAAUAUCACCAAUGCUUGCUACAAAUACCUUCAUGAGGCAAUGCUACAAAAUGAAACCACAAAGAUAGCAAUCAUUGAACAGUUAAAACCUUAUAAUUUCAUUUUGGUUGAGAAUGCUUAUGUUGAACCAGAAAAAGUGUUCAUUUCAUUUGAACUUUGAUGCUGCAUCCUUAUCUUGUAUCAGUUGCCAAAUAAAUAUAAAAAUAAUUUCCGUGAACUCUUUGAAAGCAUAGGUGUGAGACCUUCCUUUACAGUUGAAGAUUUUGCUCUUGUUUUGGAAUCAGUAAAAUCAGGAGAGAGGGACAAAACAAAUAACUGAAGCAACUUUCAGCUUUGCAGACGAAUUAUUAGUGAAGGAAUAUGGAGUCUUAUUAGAGAAAAGAAUCAAGAAUUUUGUGAGAAAAAGUAUGGCAAAUACUGUUACCAGACACCAAAUCUUGCUCUUUUGGCUGCUGAAUCAUUGUGUUACAAUGAUUGUCCCUGGAUAAAAGUAAAAGAUACCACUGUAAAAUACUGUCAUGCUGAUAUCCUAGGGAAGUAGCUGUAAAACUUGGAGGCAGUUCCAAAGCGACAUUAAGCUUUAGAAAGAUAUGCAUCCAAUAUCUGUUUUACCACACUUGGAACUGAAUUUGGACAGAAAGAAAAACUGAGCAGUAGGAUUAAAAGUAUUCUUAAUGCUUAUCCUUCAGAAAAAGAAAUGUUGAAAGAGCUCCCAAAUGCCGACGAUGCUAAAGCCACAGAAAUCUGUUUUGUUUUUGACCCAAGACAACAUCCAGUUGAUAGAAUAUAUGAUGAUAAGUGGGCACCUUUACAAGGGCCAGCACCUUUGUGUUAUAACAACCAACCAUUUACUGAAGAUGAUGGUUAGAGGAAAUCAAAACCUUGGAAAGGUACAAAAGAAGGAAAUCCUUGUAAAACUGGACAAUAUGGAAUAGUCAAUUCUGUAUAUCACAUUACUGACUGUCCUUCUUUUAUUUCUGGGUAAGACAUACUCUGUAUCUAUGAUCCUCAUGCAAGAUAUGCACCAGGAGCUACAUCAGAUAGCCCUGGACGCAUGUUUAGGGAUUUAGACUCAGAUUUCAGAACACAGUUCUCAGAUGUUCUAGAUCUCUAUUUAGGUGAUCAUUUUACUGACAAUUGCACAAUGUUUAGAUUUCCACUUCGUAAUGGAGAAAUGGCCAAAGUUUCAGAAAUUUCCUCUGUCCCUUCAUCAGACAGAAUGGUUCAGAACCUUUUGGAUAAAUUGCGUUCAGAUGGGGCAGAACUUCUUUGUUUCUUAUCAUAUGGAAAAAUUUCUAUUUGUGAAAUAGAAAAGUCAACAGGUGCACUAAAUGUACUGUAUUCAGUACAAGGCAAAAUAACUGAUGGAGACAGGUUAAAACGGAAACAAUUUCAUGCAUCUGUAAUCGACAGUGUUACAAAAAAGAAGCAGCUGAAAGAUAUACCAGUUCAACAAAUUACAUAUACCAUGGAUACUGAAGACUCUGAAGGUAACCUGACUACGUGGCUAAUUUGUAACAGAUCAGGAUUUUCAAGCAUGGACAUUUCUAAGAGUGUUAUUUCAGCUCAUAAGAAUCAGGAUAUUACUCUUUUCCCCCGUGGUGGAGUAGCAGCUUGCAUCACUCAUAAUUACAAGAAACCCCAUAGAGCCUUCUGCUUUUUACCACUCUCUUUAGAAACAGGGCUACCUUUUCAUGUAAAUGGACACUUUGCUUUAGACUCAGCAAGACGAAAUUUGUGGCGGGAUGAUAAUGGAGUUGGUGUUCGAAGUGACUGGAAUAAUAGUUUGAUGACUGCCUUAAUAGCACCAGCAUAUGUUGAACUACUGAUUCAAUUAAAAAAGCGCUAUUUCCCAGGUACUGAUCCCACAAUGUCAAUUUUACAAAACACAGCUAUUCAUGUUGUAAAGGACACUUUAAAAAAGUUUCUGUCAUUUUUCCCUGUCAACAGACUUGACCUACAACCAGACUUAUAUUGCCUGGUGGAAAGACUUUACAGUUGUAUUCACGAAGAUCAGAAACGCUUAUUACCUGUGGUAAGGGCUCCAAAUAUUGAUGGCUCAGAUUUACAUUCUGCAGUUAUCAUCACUUGGGUUAACAUGUCUACUUCAAACAAAACCAAACCAUUUUUUGACAAUUUGCUUCAGGAUGAAUUACAACACCUUAAAAAUGUGGAGUACAUCACAACACGUAAGACUAUAGGAAAUGUUUAUAGACUGAAGCAUUUACUUUUAGAAAUUGGAUUCAACUUGAUAUAUAACUGUGAUGAAACUGCCAAUCUCUACCACUGUCUCAUAGAUGCAGAAAUUCCUGCUAGCUAUGUAACUCCUGCUGAUGUACGGUCAUUUUUUGAUGACCAUUUUCCUCUCCCUGACACUAAUUUCCACAUUGAAUUGCCUUGCCGUCUUCAGCAGAAUUUAAAGCUGUUUCACAGUUUAAAGCUUUUGGUAGACUAUUGCUUUAAGGACGCAGAAGAAAAUGAGAUGGUAGUUGAGGGACUGCCACUUCAUAUUACAGUUGAUAGUGUUUUAACAAAUUUUUGAUGCAAAACGUUCCCAAAUUUCUUACAAACAUAUCAUGAAUUGAUACCUUCCCGCAAGGAUUUGUUUAUGAAUACAUUGUAUUUUGAGGUACAGCAAUUCUUGUUGACCAGCAAAGUUGCAAAAGUUUCUUGACAUUACCAGUUUUGUGAUUUGUUAUCCUCUGUUAACCACGUUGAAUAUAAAACCCAAAAGUUGUACAAGUGGAAAGAAAAUUUUGCAAGUGAGUCAUGGCUUAAAAACACAUGGAAUUUUAUUAGUGAAUCUGCUAAAUGUGAAAGAGAUCAAGAAGAUAAACCAACUUUUGACAUUGUUGUUGACAUUAAGGAUUGGGCUCUCCUUCCAGGAACUAAAUAAGUUUCAACCAGUCAGCUCGUUGUUCCAGAGGGGGAUGUUCUAUUGCCUCUAAGUCUUACUGCAUAUUGCUGUUUUUCAAAUGCCCAGAGUGAUAAAGUUUUCCAUGCUUUAAUGAAAGCUGGUUGUAUUCAGCUUGCUCUAAACAAAAUUUGUUCCAAAGACAAUGUGAUUGUUCCUCUGCUGUCAGCUCACACAGCAAAUAUAGAUAAUCCUACAAGCAUUUUGUAAGCCAUACAUUAUAUGGUCCAGAUCACAUUUAGAACUGAAAAAUUCGCAGAACAUGCUUUUGAGGCCCUCUUGAUGUAUUUUAAUAGUAAUUUAAGUCACUUGAUGUCUCAGGAUGACAUUUAAAAUCUUAAAAUCACUUCCAUGUAUAAAUCUAUCAGUGGAUACAUGAGCAUUGCAAAAUUUGGAACAUGUUACGUACUUACAAACAACUAUCCCUUCAGCUGAAGUGGAAAAUGGACACUAUCUUCAUCAUCUGCAUUUCUUGAGGAAAAAAUACAUUUGAAAGAAUUAUAUGAAGUGCUUGGUUGUCCUGUAGAUGAUCUUGAAGUAUAUUUGAAACACCUUUUACCAAAGAUGAAAAUCUUUCUCUAUGAUGCAAAAUUAGAACAUCUAAUUUACUUGAAGAACAGAUUAUCUAGCAUUGAAGAAUCAUCAGAGAUAAAGGAACAACUUUUUGAAAAGUUGGAAAGUCUUUUGAUAAUUCAUGAUGCAAGUAAUCGUUUAAAGCUGCAAAACCUUUUUUUAUGACAGAAUGUGAGAGUUUUUGAAGUUAUGCUUCCAGAAAAAUUAUUCAUACUAAGAUUCUUUAAAAAAUUGGAGCAUCUCACUAAACCCAAGAACCAAGCUUCAUUCUUAACAUCAUGGGUAAUGCUCUUAAGAAACAUUGGACUCAAAUAUAUCCUUUCUCAACAGCAGUUACUACAAUUUGCUAAGGAAGUAAGCAUGAGAGCUAAUACAGAAAACUGGUCUAAAGAAACACUGCAAAACACAGUUGAUGUCCUUCUUUAUCAUAUAUUUCAAGAACGAACAGAUUUACUCUCUGGAAAUUUUGAAAGAAUUAUCCUAGUACCUUUCUUAUGUCCUGAACGUGCUCCUGGAUUUAUUAGAUUUCACCCUCAAUAUCAAGAGGUAAAUGGAACCCUUCCUCUUAUACGGUUCAAUGGAGCACAGGUAAAUCCUAAAUUCAAACAGUCAGAUGUCUUGCAGCUGUUGGUGGACCCUCCUGUCCAGUUCUUCGGAGAAGCAACACCUUUGAGUAUCAAAGAACAAGAAGGCAGUACUCUUGGUUCACAGGAACAACUUGAACAAGUUUUAUUAGUCAAUGUUAAUUUAGAUCCUCCUCUUGAUAAAGUCAUUCAUAAUUGCAGAAAUAUAUGUAACCUAACAACUUUGGAUGAAGAGAUGGAAACUAGAGCUAAGGUGUUACGGAGUAUUUAUGAAUUUCUCAGUGCAGAAAAAAAAGAGUUCCGCUUUCAACUUCGAGGAGUUGCUUUUGUUAUGGUAGAAGAUGGUUGGAAGCUUCUAAAACCUGAGGAAGUAGUGAUAAAUCUAGAAUAUGAAUCUGAUUUUUAAACCCUAUUUAUACUAAACCUGCCUUUAGAAAUUGGCACCUUUCAUCUAUUCAAGCAUUUAGGUACUGAGAUGUUAUUCUCAACUAAGCAGUAUGUUGCGGUGCUGAGCCGCAUCAAGAAUUCUGAAGGAAAACAAUUAGAUCUAACGAACUGCACAGUUAAGAGAGUUGUUUCUGGACUGUUCAGAGUCUCUCAAAAUGAUUCAGUCAAGGUUAGAAAUGAUCUUGAGAAUGUGCGAGAUCUUGCACUGUAUCUUCCAAGUCAAGAUGCAGGUUGGUAAGUCAAGCAUCUUAGUUUUGAUGAUGCACCACAUUAUAAAAGCAGAAUACAGGGACCUAUUGGGGUUCAAAUGCUUGUUGAUCAGAGCCAGUGUUAUUUGGGAAAAGACCAUGGUUUUCAUACCAAGUUGAUAAUGCUCUUUCCUCAGAUCAGGCCUCGUCUACUGAGUAGUAUUCUUGAAGAACAAUUAGAUGAAGAAACACCAAAAAUUUGUCAGUUUGGAGCAUUAUGUCUCUCUCAAGGAAGAUUGCAAUUACUCUUAUCUUCAGAACAGUUCAUUACUGGACAUAGAAUUAUGAAGCACGAAAAUGACAAUGCUUUCUUGGCUAAUGAAGAGAAGGCCAUUAGGCUUUGCAAAGCUCUUCGAGAAGGACUAAAAGUUUCAUUUGAGAAGCUGCAAACAACAUUAAGAGUUAAAGGAUUUAAUCCUAUUCCCCAUACGCAAAGUGAGACAUUUGCUUUUUUAAAACGUUAUGGCAAUGCAGUAAUUUUACUCUAUAUACAACAUUCAGACAGUAAAAGACAUAAAUUUCCUGUUAGCAUUAGCAAUGACACUCAAUCAGCAACUGACAAUUUGAUUUCAGACACUCCUAUUUAAUCUGCCAUGUUAGGCUGCAAUGACAUCUAUAGAAUCAGUGAGAAACUUGACAGUUUAGGAGUGAACUAUGACUCAUCAGAACCAUCAAACUUUGAACUUCCUAUGCCCGGCACUCCAAUACCUGCCGAAAUCCAAUAUACUCUACUUAUGGAUCCAAUGAAUGUUUUUUAUCCAGGAGAAUAUGUUGGAUAUCUUGUUGAUGCGGAAGGUCGGGAUAUCUAUGGAUCUACCCACACAACAUAUACAUAUGCAAUUAUUGUACAAGAAGUUGAAAGGGAAGAUGCUGAUAACUCUAGCUUAGGAAAAAUUUAUCAAAUUGAUAUUGGAUACAGUGAAUAUAUAGUAAGCUCCCUUGACUUGUAUAAAUUUUCCAGGCCUGAUGAAAGCUCUCAAAGUAGGGACAGUGCACCUUUACCCCAACCAGCCCUACUGAAUUUCCUGUCCUGGACUUCGAAGUAUACCACACAUUUCUACUCUGGAAAAGAGAGCAUAAGACAUCAUCUUCAAAAACACCAUUCACCCAAAAAGAUUAAGGUAAAUACUUUGCCAGAAAUGAGAGAAGUGACAUCAGUAGUAGAACAAGCAUGGAAGCUUCCAGAGUCUGAAAGGAAAAAGAUUAUUAGACGGUUAUAUUUGAAAUGGCAUCCAGACAAAAACCCAGAGAAUCAUGAUAUGGCUAAUGAAGUUUUUAAGCAUUUACAGAAUAAAUCAGUUAGAUUAGAGAAACAGGCUUUUAUAGAUCAAAAUACAGAUAGAACAUCAAGGAGAACAUUUUCAACAGCUUCUAGAUUUCAGUCAGAUAAAUAUUCAUUUCCGUUUUAUACUUCAUGGAAUCAAGAAGCAACAAGUCAUAAAUCAGAAAGGCAACAACAAAACAAAGAAAAGGGUCCAUCUUCUUCAGGGGCAGUCUAAUUCUCAACGGUUUUUUUUGUUCCACCCACUUUUAAGACUGUAGGUAAUCCAGUUGAGGCACGGAGGUGGUUAAUGCAAGCUCGAGCAACUUUUUCUGCUGCGAAAGACCUUCAAAAUGCUAAUGAAUGGGUAUGUUUUAAAUGCUACUUAUCCACUAUAGCUUUGAUUGCUGCUGACUAUGCAGUAAGGGGAAAAUCCAGAUAAAGAUGUGAAGCAACUGCACUUGCACAAAAAAUAGAGGAAUAUAGUCAACAACUUGAAGGACUUACAAAUGAUGUUCAUACUUUGGAAGCUUAUGGUGUGGAUAGUUUAAAAACCAGGUACCCUGAUUUACUCCCUUUCCCUCAAAUACCAAAUGAUAGGUUCACUUCUGAAGUUGCUAUGAGGGUGAUGGAAUGCACUGCUUGUAUCAUAAUCAAACUUGAAAACUUUAUACAACAGAAGGUAUGAAGUUAUUAAAGGGAACAAUUUUUAAUAGAGCUAAAUGUUGAACAUGAUGAAUGGAAACAUUCAUUUGGCCAUCAUAUUUCUGUGGGCUGAAUUACCUUUUAUCCAGGAGUUUUUGAAGUAUAGCUACACAGAGGUGAUACUAACUUUGGAUGACCAUUAACAUGAAUUCCAACAAAAACUCCGAGCCUAAUAGAAAAUUAUUUUUACAAAAUUAUAGGAAAGUGAGUUACAUAAUUGUUAAAUGUAUGUGUGAGUGGUUAAAAUGUCCUGUUAUUGAACUGCACUUUAUAUAACCAAAGCUUAGCAGUGUGUUAGAGAAGGUCUUUAUAUCUUUGUUUCUUGUUAGGAUGAAUUUUGUUUAUUCCAACAGGGUAUAAUUGUUUUAAGGAAUUAAUGUAACACUGGACAUAUCACUGAGCUAAACAAAUUAGGGGAAGUUUGUCUCUGGAGUGAAGAUUUCUUUCCACAUUUUUAUUUGAGUGGACUUUUUUUGACCCAUUGUUCUCUCAUCAGCUGGCUCUGAUUAUGAAUUUGUUCUCAUUUUAUAUCCUAAUAAUAUUCAGUACAUUUGAAUUGGUACAGUAUUUUAAUUAUCAAUCUUACUUGAUUAUGCAUUCAUAGUACUUAUAAAAGUGUACCCAGUGCACUUUAUGCUUUAAUUUAAAAAGAUUUUUUUAAUGUUUUUGUUUACAAGUCUUCCUAUUAAAGAUUUCAUGUGUACUAGCCCAAAUUGGUGGUGGCAGUUUAUUAGCAGAUGUUGAUAAUGUUUUUGAAAAACUGAUCACCAAAAUAGAAUUUUGAAGACUUAUAUGGCUAUGAACAUAUUCUUUUCCUAAACAUAAUUUGUAUAACGUGGGUAUGCAGGUUGCAAUUUUUUUGUCUCAUAUGUCUAAUGGUGCUGCAAUAUAAUGUUCUAUUUUUUGUCUUUCACUAUGACACUUCGUGAUCUUUGGGGACUUAGUUAACAUUUCAGAUAUUGCAAGAUUGUAAUAUCCUUGAUGAUGCCAUGUAAUUAAUUUAGUACUUUUUAAAAAAUAGGAAUUAUUAUUUGGAAGUUCCUCCCCCCCCCAUAUCUGAUGUUUAAUAUUUAUCAUGUCCAAAUGUAACAUAUUUAUUUACUUGUUAGCACAAUGAAAGUUGUAAAAUUUUUUUGAGAAUGUAAAAAAGAGUUCCGUGAUAAUGAGUUUACACAAGUGCAGUACUGAAAACUAACUCUUGCAAUCCAAAAGAAAAAUAUACUUAAUAUAGGACUUAUGCAAUUAAGGGCUUAGGAAUGUGUUGAAACAUUUUCACUAUUAUUGGUAACAAAAAGAAUGUUAGCUUCUUGAAAAAUGUAUUGCUUCUGAAUGUGAAGCCAUGUAAUUAUUUCUGCUGUUAUAUUAAGUGCCAUAAUUUUAAUAAAUGCAAACAUGUACAUACAAAGAAAAAUUAAUUGCAAUUUUGGGUUUUUGAGGAGACCUUUUAUAGUUUUGAAAUCAAGCUUUACUUUUGUACAUUUCCAGCUUGUAAUGGAUAAACUAUAAGGAGGGGGGGAUUUUUCCUAAAAUUUGAAAGUGGAGAUUUUGUUUUGGGCUUGGAUUUUUAAAAAAAAAAUUGGUUUGAAGGAUAAGUCUAGCAUAGGACUUAAGCACAUAGUAAAUGUAUUACUAAGUUUACUGAGGUUUUUUUUUUAGUGAGGCAA